UCCUCUGUUUUUCUUCCCGGCUCGGGCGAACACCCAAACAGCGACUCUUCGUGGUUGAUUCUCUCUCUCUCUCUCUCUCUCUCUCGCUUUCUCUCUCUUCCGCCGAAGUUUCACACUGGGAUUCCAACACAAGCAACCCCUUCAAAUGCAGCACUUGGAGCUCCAAAUCUGAUCUCACCCACUUCAUCCCGAGUAACGAAAAGCUCACUCCUUGAGCUCCGCAUUGACUGUCUCGUGCAACCCAAUUGACCCCACUUGCAAGUUGCUCCUUAAAGGGUUCAACUUUGUAGCUACUCAAUAGAGAAUAUACUGCAAAACUUCUGGUUUGGGCUUUAAUUGCUGCUGCGGUUGCCAUGGAAGAAGAGAAUGCAACGGAGCUCCUACAACGUUAUCGGCGAGAUCGCCGCAUUCUUCUGAACUUCAUGCUCUCCGGAAGCCUAAUAAAGAAAGUCAUUAUGCCUCCUGGAGCUGUUUCACUUGAUGAUGUGGACCUAGAUCAAGUCAGUGCUGAUUAUGUUCUGAGUUGCGCUAAAAAAGGUGAAAUGCUUGAACUAUCCGAAGCUAUUAGAGCCUAUCAUGAUCAUACUGGGUUGCCUCAAAUGAACAAUGCAGGGUCUACAGAUGAAUUCUUUCUGGUGACAAGUCCUGAGUUUUCAGGGUCGCCUCCAAGGAGGGCAGCCCCACCUGUUCCAGCUUUUAAAUCACCUCCCAUCCCUUCUUUCUUGCCUGCAUCGGCUCCACUUGAACCAUCUCCUGUUCCCGAUUUUGCAUCUUCACCAGUGCAGUCCAGUGUCGCUAGAUCAGAAUCAUUUAGUUCUCAACAAGUUCAGGAACUAACUGUGGAUGACAUUGAGGAUUUUGAGGAUGAUGAUUAUCUCGAUGAAGUUGACAGUCGCAGAGUUUCUAGACGGAAUAUCAGUGAUGCUGCUGAACUUGUGCCCAAUUUACCUCUAUUUGCGACAGGUAUUACGGAUGAUGACCUCCGCGAAACUGCCUAUGAAAUCCUUUUGGCUUGUGCCGGGGCUUCAGGGGGUCUUAUUGUUCCAACUAAGGAGAAGAAGAAGGAUAAGAGGUCCAAGUUGAUCAGGAAGCUCGGACGUAGUAAAACUGAAAAUGUGAUGGCACCAUCUCGUACACCAGGAUUGGUGGGUUUGUUGGAGACAAUGCGUGUACAGAUGGAGAUCUCUGAGGUGAUGGACAUCAGGACAAGACAGGGGCUACUCAAUGCUAUGGUGGGGAAAGUGGGAAAGAGAAUGGACAGCUUGCUGAUUCCUCUGGAAUUGUUAUGUUGUAUUUCUCGCACGGAAUUUUCUGACAAGAAAGCAUAUAUAAAAUGGCAAAAGAGACAGUUAUACAUGUUGGAGGAGGGGCUAAUCAAUCAUGCUGCUGUUGGAUUCAGUGAAUCUGGGCGUAAAGCGAGUGAGCUUAGGAUUCUUAUGGCAAAGAUUGAGGAAUCUGAGUCUUUUCCGCCUUCAACGGGUGAAAUCCAACGGACAGAAAGUUUAAGGGCUCUUAGGGAAGUUGCGAUUCCACUUGCUGAGAGACCUGCUCGUGGUGACCUUACUGGCGAAGUUUGCCACUGGGCAGAUGGUUAUCACUUAAAUGUUAGAAUAUACGAGAAGUUGCUGCUCAGUGUUUUUGACGUCUUAGAUGAGGGAAAGUUAACAGACGAAGUGGAAGAAAUACUUGAACUGCUGAAGUCUACUUGGCGGGUUUUAGGAAUCACGGAGACUAUUCACUACACCUGCUACGCGUGGGUCUUAUUUCGUCAGUAUGUUAUAACCAGUGAGCUAGGAAUGCUACAACAUGCAAUCGAGCAGCUGAACAGAAUCCCGUUGAAAGAACAGAGGGGCCCGCAAGAGAGGUCACACUUGCGAAGCCUGUACGCGAAAGUCGAUGUUGGUGAUGACUCUCGAGAUGUCUCUUUCUUGCACUCUUUCCUUAUGCCUAUCCAGAGAUGGGCUGAUAAACGGCUUGGAGACUAUCAUCUGCACUUUUCAGAGGGACCAGCAAUGUUGGAGAGUGUAUUGAAAGUUUCCAUGAUUUCUAGGAGGCUUCUGUUGGAAGAACCUGAGAUGAUGCAGUCGAUGUCUGUUAGUGAUCGAGAUCAGAUAGAAUCAUAUAUUUCAUCCUCCAUCAAGAGUGCCUUUUCUAGAGUGUUGCUAGCUGUCGACAAAUUGGAGGCAACACAUGAUCAUCCUUUGGCAUUGCUUGCAGAAGAAACAAAGAGACUUGUUCAGAAGGAUUCAAGCACCUUCAUGCCCAUCUUCUCAAAGAGGCAUCCGAAAGCUGCCAUUGUUUCAGCUUCCCUCCUUCACAGGUUUUAUGGGCACAAGUUGAAACCUUUUCUCGAUGGUGCUGAGCAUCUCACGGAGGAUGUCGCGUCUGUGUUCCCUGCGGCUGAUAGCCUUGAGCAGUAUAUAAUAUCCCUUAUAGCAACCACCUGUGGCGAGGAAAAUAUCGAUUUCUACACCAAGAAGUUGUCUCUGUACCAGAUCGAAUCAGUAUCUGGAACAUUGGUGUUGCGUUGGGUCAAUUCACAGCUCGAAAGAAUUUCAAAUUGGGUGGAACGUGCCAUACAACAAGAGCGAUGGGACCCAAUAUCACCUCAGCAGCGGCAUGGGCCUUCCAUUGUCGAAGUAUACAGGAUUGUCGAGGAGACAGUUGAUCAAUUCUUCGCGCUUAAGGUUCCGAUGAGGCUCACAGAAUUGAAUAGCAUGUUCAGGGGUAUAGACAAUGCUUUUCAAAAGUACGCAAAUCGCGUGGUUGAAGAUCUAGCUAGCAAGGAAGAGGUAAUUCCACCUGAGCCGGUUUUGACGCGGUACAAGAAGGAAGCUGGGAUAAAGGCUUUCGUGAAGAAGGAACUUUUUGAGACCCCAAGGCUGCCUGAUGAGAGGAGAUCAGUUGAUGUCAGUGUUCGGACUACUCGGACUCUAUGCGUGCAGUUGAAUACUCUAUAUUACGCAAUCAGUCAGCUUAAUAAGUUGGAAGAUAGUAUUUGGGAGAGAUGGACGAGGAAGAAGCCCCGUGAUAAAUUUACAAAUGAGAAAUCUAAAAGUAUGACACGAAAAGAUACAUUUGACGGAAGCAGAAAAGACAUGAACGCUGCUAUAGAUCGCAUUUGCGAGUUUACUGGAACAAAGAUUGUUUUCUGGGAUCUGAGGGAUCCUUUCAUCGAGACCUUGUAUAAACCAAGUGUUUCUCAGUCUAGGUUGGAAGCAUUAAUCGAACUGCUUGAUACGGAACUAAAUCAACUUUGUGACAUUAUCACCGAACCCUUAAGGGACCGGAUCGUUACAAGUCUCCUUCAAGCGUCAUUGGAUGGCUUACUCCGUGUUAUAUUGAAUGGAGGCCCGUUACGAGUUUUCUCUCCAAGCGAUGCCAAAUUACUAGAAGAAGACUUAGAGGUGCUGAAGGAGUUCUUUAUCUCGGGAGGGGAUGGGCUUCCUCGAGGUGUAGUUGAAAACCAAGUGGCCCGUGUUCGUGAAGUGAUAAAGUUGCAUGGAUAUGAGACACGAGAACUGAUUGACGACUUGAGAUCCCUGAGUGGCAUCGACAUCAACAUGCAAGGGAGGCAGAGCAAGCUCGGUGCCGACUCAAACACUCUCAUAAGGAUCCUAUGUCACCGGAGCGACUCAGAAGCGUCUCAAUUCCUCAAGAAACAGUACAAGUUACCCAAGUCCUGUGCUUAAUAAUGUAGCAUGGUGUUCUUCAUUAUUAUUAUUUUUUUUCAAUUUACUGUUUUUAGGUCGUAAAUUUCUACUGAUAAUUUAGCAUUUUGUGAAUAUUUUUCCCCAUUUUUGUGUUUGAUCUACAGUCUUGAUGGAGAUUGUUGUUCAUGCCUUGACUCCAUUUCAGUGGUGUUCAUCUUCCUUGGUCA